CAAAGAGAAUUUAAACACUACGCUGAGCAGCUGCACGAAUUUUAUUGAUGUUUGUACCUGAAGUUCACAGUAAAUAUUAUAUUCUUUGCUGUAUUUUCUGUAUUAGUUUCUAGCAAGGAACAUAACAUAAGAUCAUAAUUCAUAAAUACUUGAAUUACGAAUCGAAUGUUCGAACUAUUUAUUACGGCUGAAAUUAACUUGAUUACAGUAUAUUAAAAGUUAUAACCCCAGUAAAUUCCUGAGUGUCCUCUUUAAGUAAAAUAAAACUUUAAGAUGACUAGUGCAGAUAGGAUAGAUUUUGAAAUGGAAGUUGAAGUGGAGAGUGCUUCGUCUGGUCCUCCGGUGGAUAUACCAAAUCCUACUUCACCUGCUCCACUUGCAAGUGGGACCACUAAAAGUGUUGUGGUCGCAACAUCUACAUCUGGCUCAGUUACAGUGUCUCUUCACCCGUUAGUUAUCAUGAAUGUAUCAGAACAUUGGACUCGCCUCAGAGCUCAAGAAGGAUCUCCUCAAACAGUGAUUGGAGCACUUAUUGGCAAACAGAAAGGUCGCAAUAUAGAAGUAAUGAAUUCUUUUGAAUUGGUGUUCACUGAAAUUGAUGCCGAUAUUAUACUUGACAGAGAUUACUAUACCAUAAAAGAAGAGCAAUUUAAGCAAGUGUUCUCUGAUAUGGAUUUUCUGGGAUGGUAUACAACUGGUGAAACUCCAACUGAACGGGAUAUAGGUGUUCACCGGCAGAUCUGUGAUCUUAAUGAAUGCCCAGUAAUGUUAAUGCUCAAUCCAGCAGGGAUGAAUGGAGAACAAUUACCCGUAGUGCUCUAUGAAUCGGUCAUCGAUGUUGUUAAUGGAAGAGCCACAAUGCUACUUGCCCCUCUCACAUAUACAUUAGCAGCCGAAGAAGCAGAGAGAAUUGGAGUUGACCAUGUAGCGAGGGUAUCGUCUGGUGAAGCGGCAUUUAAUAGCUUAGUUGCUGAUCACCUAUCGGCUCAGAGAUCUGCUAUUAAAAUGCUGGUGUCCCGUGUUCGCGCCGUCCUCGCCACCGUGAGAGCAAUACGCGAUGGAACCCUUCCACCUCGGCCCGUGUUGCUGAGGGAAGCGAGGGCACUGUCCAAUAGGCUUCCAUUGCUUACGUCACAGCAGUUUAGGACACACUUCUAUAAUCAAUGCAACGAUGUGGCACUUAUGACCUACUUAGGAACAAUCACAAAGGGAUGCAACGCAAUAAAUCAAUUGGUGAACAGAUUCAAUGUGAUGUACGACAGACAAGGAAUGGGGCGUCGAAUGAGGGGACUUUUCUUUUAGGGUGGACGCUAAUAAUUAUUUUAGAAUAUAGAUUGUGGUGCCCUUGGAAAAUACAUAUUAAACAUAAUUUUUAUUGAAAAUUGUUACGGAGCGGCCCAUUAUCGACUAUUAUAAGUUAUUUCUGCUGGAGACAAUGGAACAAGAAAACUAACCUACAAAGACAAGUGGUGUUAUUACAAAAAAUAAUGUCAACAUUUUUUAAGCAAACCAUUCAUUAAGUAGGCGUUCGUUUCAAGGAUAAUAAUAUAAAUAUGGCUAAAUAUUGCAUCAUAAUAUAAUAGAAUUUAUAAUUCUAGCAACGCAAAACCUAAACUGAAGCAAUUGGGAUCAAGUAAUUCAACGGAACGCAAUUAUUGUUGUCAGCUGUCAAUGUCUGUUUAAAAUAUAAGCAGUGUCCAAAGAUUGAUGAACGUUAAACAACAGAAAGACACAGUAUUGUAAUAGAACUUUUUUGAAAGAAAUGUUUAACUUUUUUGUAAUAACACAUUAUUGUUGUCAGCUGUCAAUGUCUGUUUAAAUAUAAGCAAGGUCCAAAGAUAAAUAAAAUACUCUAAGCUUGAUGGUCUACUUUAACGUGACAUUGGCAAACUUGUGGUAUACCUUCCACGGGAGCCAUAGAAAGAGAACUUUUUUAAAACAAAUGUUCAACACAUGUUGAACUUUUUUAAAACAAAUGUCCAACAGAUGUUUAAUUUUUUUAUAUAAUAACACAGUAAAUGUUUUAGUUUACCAAUGAUAGAAUACUUAACGUUCAACAUUUUUGAAGUUGUAAUUAUUAUGACGGGUAUUCACGAUAUUUAUUAUUUUAUUUGAUGCCGAUAUAUCGAUCCAAUUGCAUGAACACAUGUGACAAGUGUUCAGCGCAGUUCCGCCGUAACCACGAUUCAUGCAAUUGGAUCGAAAUAUCGGCAUCAAAUAUAUAAAGUUUAUAUCGUGAGUGCCCGUCAUAAUAAUUACAAUGUUGAGGUUCCGCGAUGAUAAAAGUUUAAAAACAUAUUUUUUCACUUCUCAUGCUCUGAAAUUGGUUAUUUGUGCACGAUAUAGGCUGCACAAAAUCGAUUUUUGUGCACAAGUGCACAAAAGGAUCUACCCAUAAAUGUCUCUAUAAUUAAAUUAAAUCUAAAUACAGCCAAACACAAUAAAAAGUUCAGAGAUAGAAUUUGUAAUUUUUUAAUAUUUACUUUAAUUUAUUUGCCUCAUGUGUUUUUAAGACAUAAAAGUUAUUAAAAUUUAAAUUAAAAUAUGGUAGGUUAUUUAAUUAAUUAAAAAAAUAUAUAUAUUACCAAAUUAAUUCAAUAGUAGGCUGUAUAAGUCUGGAGCCCAAGCCUAAUAUCAAUGUCGUAAAAGCGGCGGGAAUCAGGUCUUGGUUUUUCGUGCGUUUAUUAAUUUCUUAAAAUUUGUUAAAAAUGUCCAUGUUAUCCUAUUGUUUGAUUUCCUCGCAAUCGAAAUGAAAAGCAGAGUUUAUUACUCGUCCACAAAACCUUUUUAUCCUCUACAUUACUAUCAGCCCUCGCCUAAGUCUCGGAUAAAAAAAAAAUUUUCGUUUUGUGCAUUCGUUGUAAAAUCUACUAUUGAAGUUUCUUUAGGCGCGUUAUGAAAAAAUGAUGAGAGUGAAAUUUUAAGAUGCGCGCGUAUCACUGUAGCAGGGUGAAGUUGGUUCCUAAAAUUUUCUGACGUUUGCGACAUUCGUUUUUUUUUUUGGUUUCUUCGUCCAUUAUUAGGAUAGGCAAAAGGUUCAAGCCCGUAAAUUCGUAUUCGUUAUUUAAUAAUUAAUUGUCAAAGCCAUCGUUGCAAGAUUUUUACAAUAUUGUUCUUUCUACAAACGUAGAAUAGCACGAGGAAUAAAUAAUUUUAAGGAUUAUUGCUUUGUUAGGCCAAAAUAGUAUAACUUCUCGAGUGCAUACAUAAGUACACACACAUAUUUUUUUUUAUAUGGGUCUUGCAAGGGACUAUCAAUCUAUUAACUCAAGACUGUACAGUUCAUGAACAUAUUCGUAAAAAAAUAAUAUUUCUUAUCUCAAAGUACCAUAAAGAGUUUGUCAUCAUAUUUUAGUGUCUACAUUUAAAUAUUGUUGUCUCAAUCUUUCCAUUUUGUAAAAAUGCUAUUAUUAAAUAAUGAUUUUAAGUUAA